AUGGACGAUCAAGUCAAGUGUCGCCGCAAGCAUGAAAACCCAGCAGUUGUCGGUCACGCAAACUCCCGUGCGGACUUCAAGAAGGUGCAAGUUGCUGGUGGAUGGAUACCCGGCAUGGAUAUCAAAGUGGAAUAUUCAGAUGAGUUCGAAUUCGGUGGUUCACUCGGAAACCUGGCACUCAUGAUUGGCUUCCCGUUGCUCAUGUGGUACAUGUGGAUCGGCGCUACCUACUAUGAUGGGAAGCUACCUCUGCCAAAAAACGGAGAGACCUGGACGGACUUUGGAAAGCAUCUUUGUUCCCUUGUUUAUACCGGUGCAUUCCCACACUUCAGGGCGUGGCGUAUCUACUGGACAUACUACAUCUUCGAGGCAGCAUGCUACCUCUUCAUGCCUGGAUACACAUGCUAUGGGAAGCCUCUUCGCCAUCUGGAAGGCAAGCAGCUGAAGUAUCAUUGCUCAGCCUACACCAGCUUGUACUUCACAAUUCUCGUCAUGGUCGUUCUACACUGCACUGGACUUUUCCCAAUCUAUACUAUCUUAGAUGAGUUCGGUCCUCUGAUGUCUGUCGCAAUUCUUUCUGGGUUCCUCGUCAGCUUUUUCGCUUAUUUUUCUGCAUUUGCUCGCGGUGCCGAGCAUCGCAUCACUGGUUACCCAAUCUAUGAUUUCUUCAUGGGAGCCGAACUGAACCCGCGUUUGUUCGGGAUCCUGGACUUUAAGAUGUUCUAUGAAGUCCGUAUCCCAUGGUUCAUGCUCUUGGGUUUCAGCUGCGCGGCUGCCACUCGCCAAUAUGAACUCUACGGAUACGUCUCUGGUGAGGUUCUGUUCCUUCUUGUGGCGCAUUUCCUCUACGCCAACGCCUGCGCCAAGGCAGAACACCUCAUCACCACAACAUGGGACAUGUACCAGGAAAAACUAGGGUUCUUGUUGAUCUUCUGGAACAUGGCUGGUGUCCCUAUGUCUUACUGUCACUGCGUUCUGUACCUGGCUAAUCGCCACCCGUCGACGUAUGCGUGGAAUAAAGAGGUAUUGACCCUAUUUUUUGUGUCAUAUCUUUGCGUCUACUGGGUCUGGGACACUGCAAACAGCCAGAAGAACGCCUUUCGCAUGGCGGAACAAGGCAAAUCCGCAGAGCGCAACACAUUCCCCCAGCUGCCUUGGCGACAUGUCGACAACCCGAAGACACUGGUGUCGGAGGAAGGCGAUACUAUCUUUGUUGAUGGGUGGUAUGCAUUGGCUCGCAAGGUCCAUUACAGCUGCGAUAUGUUUUUCGCUUUGUCGUGGGCACUGAUUACUGGGUUCGACAGUCCCUUUCCUUGGUUCUAUCCGAUCUUCUUCGCGGUCAUGAUCGGCCACCGUGCCAUGAGAGAUAUCAAAAAAUGCAAAAACAAGUAUGGGAAGACGUGGGAUGAGUACGAAAAGCAGGUUCCAUACCUCUUCAUUCCGGUUAGUUCUUAG